GAGAGGGAGUUGCCUUCAGUUAGCUGACGGACACCGGCUACAUCCAUGCGAGUUGAAAAACAGGUGUACGGUUUCAUCACACGGACGCAGUGCUAGCUUGAGAUCCGCCGCAAAUUCUGCUCGAGUGAGCACUUGAGUCAUUUCUCGUGGAAGAGAGGCCGUUCACCUGACGACAUGUUGCGGAAUUAGUCCAGGAAAACAGCAUUAGUCUUAAGAUGUUGUCCUGCAUGUGACGGGGAGUAGUGAGGAAUAGGAAGCUGCUGGAUAGGUGAUGUAAGGAGGAAAAAAAGCCAGCAGUGAUGGAUGAUAUCAGAAAGUGUGUCCUCCUGCAACAGAUCAGUAAGAAGUGCAGCUCAAUAUGAAUACAGAUAGCGGAGGAACCGCUCGGCAUAGCGUGGCCUUGUCACUCGUUCUCUCUCCCAUGAAGAGAGUCCAGAGCUCACCAAAUCUAGGAACAGGGAGUGAUUCUCACUCAUCAGAUUUGGAUUCUUGGCGGUCACGCAGUGUAACAGAUGGCCUGAAGAAUGGAGAUGCUGGCAGCUCAUCUCUUGCUGCUAAAGGCUUCCGCAGUGUCAGACCCAACCUACAGGAAAAAAAGGCAACAACACAGGGGCCACCCUCCCCUGAUCCCAUGGCACGACACUCCCAAUUUCGCUGCCACAGCUCAGAAUCACUCGACUACCCAUCAAGCUUAAUGCCCAAGGCUCUGUCACCCACCCCGUACGUUCCUAGCGGAGCCGGCAGCACAGCCGGCACGGUGAGCAGGCCAAGCUUUGCCACAGCCAGCACUGGUGGCUUUGUGUCACCCUCUGCCUCACCUGUCACCGUGUCAGCUCUCAGCCACUACUCGUCAUCCACGGUGGGUCUGCUGGACGAGUUGCAGAUCUGUAGCCUGGACUCACCUGGCGCCUCACCCACACCAUCACCCACCCUCAGCCACGUCUCCACCUACACAUCCACUGCUGGCCCUGAUGAUGUGCUAACAACCUCUGUGGCCUCCAACACUGCGGCAGCAGCCACUGUCACUAAUGGCCAGGUCCUCUCUCACGCGAUGAAUGGGAGUACGAGCCAUCCACAGAGGCCUCUCUCCCCGCCGUCCUACCCUCCUCCUCCCACCUCACUUCACAGGGGGCAUCUGAGACAGAGCAGGAGUUCAGAGGGCAGCGAGACGGUUACCAGAGAGUCUGUAGUGUCGGGCCGCACAAGUGUAUGCAGCACCGUGCCAAUCGCCUGCUUCUCAGAAGAAGAGAAAAAGGUGUCUGUCAUCAAAGCUCCUCAUUAUGAAGGGAUCGGUCCUGUGGACGAGUCCGGCAUCCCUAUCGCCAUCCGCACGACAGUGGAUAGACCAAAGGAUUGGUACAAGACUAUGUUCAAACAGAUCCACAAGGUUCACAAAGCAGAUGAUGACUAUUCUGACACGUACAAUGCCACAUAUGCUGUCAUCAACAAUGAUGACUACAAUCUGUCAUCCAGCACCGCCAUGGCCCACCCUGCACCCAGGACACACACAUACAGGCCGCUCGCCAAAAGUCCCUCAGACAACGGAGGGCAUCUAGGACCUCGAGAGCCUUCCCCAUCCCCCAUACCCCCACCUCCUCCACCCAUGCCAUCUCUCCUCCAACUGAGAGCAAGGGACAGUGACCGCGACAAAGAUUCACCCGACUCGAAUGAGUGGGGACCGCCUAACAGGAAAGUGGACACACGAAAGUACCGUGCAGAGCCCAAGAGUAUUUUUGAGUAUGAGCCUGGAAAGUCCUCGAUUUUGGAGCAUGAAAGACCAACUUCCCUGCACAUCGCCCCUGCUGACAAGGCUCCGGAGAGACCUGCGAGUGCCGCCAGCGAUUACAGGAAGAGAAGGAAGUCAGAGCCGUCCAGUUCUCAAGUGAAUGCUCAAUCUCAGAGCAGAGCUACAACUUCCCCUAAACCUGUGGAUGCCUACAGACCCAGCAGCAGCCUCAAAAAACCUGUGGUUCGUUCCUCACCAUCCUCACCAUCCAGAGCCAAAGGUGGGGACGCAUGCAACAUGUAUUCGAACAGUUUGACCUCACCAGGUCCUUGUCAGCCUCCCUGUCCUCCCCCUCUCCCCUCUGGCCUUGCUCAUUCCCAUGAAGAUACCAGCCAGGAAGGCAGUUCUUCCUCCAAGCAGUCUGUCUGUUUCCAAAACAGUUGGCAGACAAAAAGCCAGGAUCCAGAGACAUGGAGCAGCGUGGAGGAGGUACAGCCCUCCCCUCGCAAACUCAAGUCACGUAGCUGUGAUGACUUACUAAAUGAUGGCCAUACUGGCUCAGAUGGGCGCAAAGCCAACCGCUCGGAAAGUGCUGGAUCACUGGUUUGUGAUGGGAGUCCCUCAGGUUCAACUGGCUCCAACUCCAACAACUCAUUGCCCCGCCCCCAGCGGCGACGGGCGCAUGAUUCACCAGGCUUUCUCCAGCUCUAUCGUAAAAUGCACCAGAUCGACCGUGCGCAGAUCAUCCCAUCUGAUGUGAUUCGCUCUGUCCGUGCUCGCAUCCUGGAACUGGAGCGCCAACCCCACCGGCAUCGCCUCUCUCCUUGGACACUAUCUUGGGGCGUUGAGGUGCCACGUGAUACGGUGCCAAACCGCAUUUCUGAAUAUGAGCGCCUUAUUAAGAAGUCCAAAUCCAUGCCAAACUUGGGUGACAGUGAGAUGCCUUCAGGCACCACCACGCCAGGUGGCUCAUCAUCUCGAGCCAGCAGUGGUGGUGGUGGUGGAACACCUAGUUUUCCCAAACGUCGCUUUUCCAUAGAAUCUUUAUUAGAGGAAGAUAACAAUUGCAAUGGUGGAACAGGGCCUCACACCAUGGAUCACUUGCAUCGGCCUCGCAGCCCACCUGAGGGCCAGCCUCGUGUUGGGCCAGAGCCUGGCUGUGGGCGGUCCUUUCCUGCUCCUCCUGUUCCUCAAGGCCCACAGGCAAACCCUGACUACUCUGACAGCGAACAAGAUGCUGUUGCCUCAGACCUCAGUGACUUCAUACAGGUGGAGGGUUCCUCAUUUUGCAGUGAGAGUGACUUUGACCACUGCUCUCUAACCUCCUCCGAAAGCUUGUACGGCUCUUCCACCCUCCAACACCAUCACCACCUCCGUCAUCACCACCACCAUCACCAUCACCACCCUGGUCACCAAAGUCUAGGCCAGGGCCAAGGUUACCAACACCGCCACCUCAUUAGCACCUGCAAAGGCCGCUGCCCAGCCUCUUAUACCCGUUUUACCACCAUGCUUCGUCAUGAGAGAGAACGAGCACGCCAGGAUAACCAGAGACCUUCACAUCAGAGCCGCAGCAGCCAUUCACAAAUCCAGAGCUCACAGUCCCAGCAAGCAAUGUCAAAGCUGGCUUUCCUCGUCAGCCCAGUGCCUUUCCGUCGGAAAAAGGGCUCACCACCUACCUCAAGAAGAAGCAGUGGUGGCGGAGAUCGAGGUAGCCGACCCAAGUCCAAACAGGCCAUUUAUGAAGCACUAGAUGCAGCCUUGAGAGACAUUUAUGAGCACAUCCAAACAGAGAGAGGCCACAGAGGGGCCAGGGCACCUGAUGGUAGCAUCCUGAAGAGAAUACUGGCCGAAUUGCUCCCAAAUGUGCCUGAACGGAGCUCCUCCUUGCGUGGGAGGAGGGGGUGUUGGCAUGGUGGUCACUCCUCUACAUCUUUGUACCCAGAUGGCAGCCCCACUGGGUACGCCUCGCAUAAAGGGGAUCCCUCCACACCUCAGCUACAGUCACCACGGCUACAGUCACCAAUCAGUGCCUGUUAUGGACGCCACGAAGACACCUCAAACAAUAAUGAAUAUGGAGAGGAGCAGGGCAAUGGGAAUGGUCUCUGUUAUUCAGACCAGGAUGUGUCCAGGAGCUAUUCCACUAUGGAUGGGCGCCACACCCCUCAGAGUAGAAGACCUACUCCUGACAGAGAGAAACAGCCUGCAAGAGCCAUUUAUGAUUUUAAGGCACAAACAGAUAAGGAGCUGACAUUCAAGAAGGGUGAUGCAGUGAACAUCAUCCGCCAGAUAGACAACAACUGGUACGAAGGAGAGCACCGUGGACGGGUUGGCAUUUUCCCCAUGUCAUAUGUGGAAAAGAUGCCGUCCACAGAGAAGCAGCAGCCGAUUCGUCCUCCUCCGCCAGCACAUGUCAGAGAGAUCGGAGAAGGGGUAGCUCGCUACAACUUCAAUGCUGACACUAAUGUGGAGCUGUCUCUCAGAAAGGGGGAGAGAGUAAUAGUGUUAAGGCAGGUGGAUCAGAACUGGUAUGAAGGCAAGAUCCCGGACACAACCAAACAGGGCAUCUUUCCUGUCUCGUACGUGGACAUCGUCAAGCGUUCCCCUAGCAAGAGCUCCACCCACCACAUCGACCCACGUGGUUAUUCUGGCAACAGGACACCGAGCUCUACACCUAUCAAGCGAUUAGUACAGGAUGCACUCCAAGGUGGAGGAGAUCCGUACCAGGCCGUGUACAACUACUCGCCUCGCAACGAGGAUGAGCUGGAGCUGAGGGAGGGCGACAUCGUGGACGUGAUGGAGAAGUGUGAUGACGGCUGGUUUGUUGGGACCUCCCGGAGGAGCAAGUUGUUUGGAACCUUCCCAGGAAACUACGUGAAGCAGCUAUAAUGACAAUUCCAGACUCCCCCUCCUGCCCACCGCCCCACUCUGUGACACUUCACCAUCUGCACAGCACCCGCAGGACACCACCUCCCAACGCUGAGCCCCCGAGGCCCGUCACACGUUUGUGUGUUUGCGUGUAUGUGUGGCUGUCCAGCUUCACACAAACCGAACAUUUAGCUCUAACUAGCCAUCUUUAAUGGAAGACUUGUAUGGAAUAAUACUGUUUUUUUUAACCGUAUCUUCUAGUCCUUAUUUUUCUAUCAAGGAGAAUCCAAACUUUGUGCUCCAGUGAGUGACCUUUAACUUCUGACAGUUAAGGAAAGAAAUCAAAGCAACUUUGCAAACACUCACUGACAGAAAAAAGGGCACCACAGCAAUGCUUUUUCUUUUUCUUUUUUUUUUAAAGGGCAGUAACCAUGAUCUUUUUUUUUCCUGCACAUUCAAAAUCACUUGUUACAUUUCAUUCAGUGUUCAAUCAUAAAUAUCCCCAAAGACAUUCAGUGCAGAGUGAUGCAAAAACAGUAUUCUGUCAGCAGGUCUGUUAUAUAUGAACUGUAUUGAAGAGAUUUCAGGUACAAGGAUGAUAGUUACAUGUGGAAAAGAUGCUCAUGCAUCAAUUUGAUGUGUUAAUCAAGGUAUUAAUAUGUUGAAUUUGGGGAUAGAGUUCAUACAUCUAUUAUUAUGAAGCAAUUAUUUUAAAUAUUACAAAUGAGUUGGUGGGAAAAACAUCACUGACACUCUGUUGAUCAUGUUCAAACCCACACAUUAGAUUAGAAACAUAUAAGAUUACAAAAAAGCAUAUUUUUGAAAUUGUUGGUUCUUCAUCUUCACUCUAAGAAUGAUGCACUUUAACUUUAACACAGUUUUGUGUUUGAUUGAUCUCAGAUUACACAACAGUUCCAUGUGGCUUUGAGGGUUUAGAGGUUCGGUCAUGUUUGAAAAGUGUAUGCAACUAUAUUGCCAACCUUUUAGGUAUUAUAUUUAUUAGGGGACAAAUGCAGGUCGAAAUGAAGAUUUAAGAAAGGAUGGAACAAACCUUUUUUCUCUUUUUUUUUUUUUUACUUCUUUUAACAGCAGCAGAAUAACAUUGGAAGGAUUGUUAUUUUAUUAAUCAUCAUUGUCCAGACAAGUUAGAUGUUUCAUGGGUCAUAUUUAUGCCAGGUGUCAUGAUGUUUUAUAAGUCAGGUGUAGGAUGAAACGGCUUUUUAUCAAACGUUUUUUUCUUUUUUUGCGGACUUUGAAGGCAUCUUAUAACCAUGUUGUCAGAGAGUGUAUCACUGUUUCAUGUAGUUAUAUACUCUUAGGACUUAGUGACUAUUUCCAUGUUCUCUUGUCAUGUUCAGUCAAUAUUUGAAUGAAUUUGCGUUUUAUAUGUUCUCAUUUGACAUGUUUCACAUAGGAUGGACACUGACAACAAAAACUAUUGUUGAAGCACCUUAAGAUAUAAUUUGAUUUCUCAUUCACGCAUCAUUCGUCACACCCUGUCAUCCACUGUUUGAGCUGAAGUGUGAACACUGUGUGUGCUUGUGCGUGUGUGUGUGUGUUUUGUAAGUCUUUUGUAUGAGAGCUGUAAAAUGGCAAACAUCCACUUUGCUUUAUAAAAUCAGCUUUUUUCUCACCCACCAUCACAUUUUGGUUUCCUUUCUUUCUUCACAUUCUUCACCAGUGGUGCUACUUUCCACAACUUUUAGCUGUAGCCCGGCAUGUAGGCCUUCUCUUCUCCAGUUUGUUUGUUGUUUUUAAGAGCCAGUGACGUAUUCAAACUGGUCUUACUGUAGGUAGAGUGAGUCGGGUUAUGGAUCGCUGCCUUACAUCCAACUCACAAAGUUUAUAGCCAUGUAUAUGUAAACCUCUUUUGUGAUUUCCAAAAAAUAAUUUAUGCAUAAAUAGAGUAGAAAACAUCAGGAAGGUGUGCACAGAAAUGAUCACAGACAGCGUCGAGACAAACUUUGAUACAAUUUUAAGGGCAGAUUUGGAUUGGAGACAUGAAUUUAGAUCCUGAUAUGUUUAUACAUGUAAUGAAAAUGUUAACCGUUAUGUUAUUCAUGUUAAUAUCAAAUUCAAUGCACACUCUCGGACCUUAGUAUUUCUACAAUAUCUUAGCAUUUGUUGGAUGGUUUUAUGGGGCUGUAUUGCUAAUAAAAUCCAGUUGGUAGAUUAA